AUGUGCGCGUAUCCGCGGCUCAUCGACGCGACGAGGGAUGACCUUGUUAGUGAUCUUAUGGAUAAUUGCUAUUCUAGCGUGGAUUUGGUUAAGACGUAUGUUGCGCGGAUCAAUGAGGUCAAUUCUACUCUUCGUCCAAUACUGGAGCUAAACCCGGAUGUGUUGCACGAGGCAGAGGUGCUGGAUGGGGAGAGACAAGAUGGUCUUAGUCGGGGUGAGUUGCAUGGUAUGCCGAUUUUGGUCAAGGAUAAUAUUGGAACGGCGGGUAAGAUGCAGACCACAGCUGGCUCAUACUCGCUCUAUGACUCUCGAGUGCAUGAGGAUGCAACUGUUGUGAGGAGACUUAGGGAUCAUGGGGCCAUUAUCUUCGGAAAGACGAGUAUGUCGGAGUGGAUGAAUUUCCGUUCGUCGAAUACGUCCAAUGGCUGGAAUCCUAGGGGUGGACAAACUCUAGGUGCUUAUCAUCCGAUGCAGGACCCCGAAGGAAGUUCAAGUGGGAGCGCUGUGGCAGUUGACCUCGGACUGGCCGUGGCAGCGCUUGGGACGGAAACGAUGGGAAGUAUACUAUUUCCCAGCGAGGUAAACAACAUUGUUGGUAUCAAACCAACAGUGGGCCUUACUUCACGCUACGGCGUCAUCCCAAUCAGUGAGCACCAAGACACCAUUGGACCAAUGGCUCGGACCGUCAGAGAUGCAGCGUGGGCUCUGGGAGCGAUUGCAGGCAGAGACACGAGGGAUAACUACACACUUGCUUCGCCUGACCCGUCUGUCCCCUUCUAUGCCGGUGCCUGCCAGUUGGACGGACUGCAGGGGAAGAGGAUCGGUAUCCCACGGAAUGUCCUAACUUUGCUAGCAAUGCAAUCACGCGGCCCUGCGGUUCUCUCCGCAUUCGAAGCCGCCAUCUCUGUACUCAUUGGGGCGGGUGCUACUAUUGUGCAAGAUACGAACUUCACAGCUUGGGAGGAGUUUCUCGGGAGCAAGAGCGUAACACAGGUUCUUUAUGCUGAUUUCAUCUCCAAUAUCGAGAGUUAUCUCGCUAAGCUGGAGACUAAUCCGAACAACAUACAUACCCUACAUGAUCUCAGAAAAUACACACAUAAUGACCCACGAGAGGACUACCCCAAACGUGACACGGUCCAAUGGGAUGCAGCACUCGCCAUCGGAAUCAACAAUACCUCUCCAGAAUUCUGGCCAAUGUACCAAAAUAAUCUCCGUCUAGGAGGAGAAGGAGGUGUGCUGGGAGCCCUUGCACGCCACAAGCUCGAUGCUGUCAUUCUUCCUACAUCGCUGGCUGCCUACCUCCCAUCAGUCGUUGGUACGCCGGUCAUCACGGUCCCGCUUGGAGCGUAUCCGAAGGGAACGAAAACCGUAUACAACAAGUUCGGAAACCUGGUUCAGGUUGCCGAGAAUAUUCCUUUCGGGAUCAGCUUUAUGGGCGCGCAUUGGAGUGAGGAGACGCUGAUAGGUAUGGCAUAUGCGUUUGAGCAGCGAACCCUAUUUAGGCAAAAGCUCAAGCGCUAUACCGAGCCACAUACUGAGAUUGCGGGGAGGCUAGAGGGCGGGGACGAUGGGGUGUGUACAUAAGGCUAC